UUAAGUCAACAAAUUCAUAUUUCUGGGCAAAACCGCUACCGCAGUCGCCAUGAACACCAGCAACACCGCCACCAACGUGAGGAACAAAAAGAGGAAAAACCUUACCCCAGAAAUCCAAUUCCGGCUAAACCUUGACCAUUGUUCCAAAAGCAAGGACCUCUCCACCGCCAUCUCCCUCUUCGACUCCGUCCCCACCACCGGUUCAGAAAUCCACCUGACCCACCACCACUACAAUUCACUUCUCUAUAUCUGCUCAAACUCAGUAAACUCCGACCAUCCAUCAACGAAAUCCUCCGCAAUCGAAUUUGGGUUCCGGGUUUACCAUCAUAUGAUUGCCAAUCACGUUAGCCCCAGUGAGGCCACCGUCACCGCCGUGGCCAGGCUGGCAGCUGCCAAAGCUGAUGGUGAUGCGGCUUUCGAGCUCGCCAGAAGUGUGGGAAAUCAGGGGAAGUUGAGGACUUAUGCGCCUGCUUUGUUGUGUUUUUGCAGAAAUGGGAUGGCUGAUAAGGCUUCUGAAGUUGAGGAGCACAUGGGCUCUCUGGGAUUGCGCCUCGAAGAACCCGAGCUCUCUGCAUUGUUAAAGGUAAAUGUUGAGAAGGGGAAAGGAGAUAAAGUUUACGAGUACUUGCAUAAGCUAAGAGCAUCAGUUAGAGAAGUCAAUGAGUCAACUGCGAAUAUUUUAGAGAGUUGGUUUUGUGGGGAAGUUGCAUCUGACGUGGGUUUGGAAAUCCAGAAUGUGGAUCACGUGAAUCAAGUGAAGUUGAGGAAUGGAGAUGGGUGGCAUGGACUUGGAUGGCUCGGGAAGGGAAAGUGGGUUGUGCAUAGAUCCAAUGUUGCUUCAGAUGGGAGGUGUUGCACUUGUGGGGAGCAGUUAACUUGUGUUGAUAUUGAUACAACAGAGACUGAGCGUUUUGCACAGUCAGUGGCUUCGUUGGCAAUGGAAAGGGAAGUUCAGUCCAAUUUCAAGGAAUUUCAGGACUGGAUAGAAGAAUGCUCUGAUUAUGAAGCUAUAGUGGAUGGAGCAAAUGUGGGGCUUUAUCAACAGAAUUUUGCAGAGGGUGGAUUCAGUAUUCCCCAGCAGCUUGAUGCUGUUGUUAGGGAACUGUAUAGCAGGAGCAAGAAAUGGCCGCUCAUUAUCUUGCACAAGAAACGCAUUAGGCAACUCUUGGAGAAAGCUUCCAAUAGAGACUUGCUGCAGGAUUGGAUUGAUCAGGGGCUGCUUUAUGGAACGCCAUAUGGAUCAAAUGAUGAUUGGUAUUGGCUAUAUGCUGCUGUGAAGCUUAAGUGUCUGCUUGUUACAAAUGAUGAAAUGAGAGAUCACACAUUUGAGCUUCUAGGCAACAGCUUUUUCCUUAGAUGGAAAGAAAGACAUCAGGUCAAGUAUACAUUUGUGAAAGGAAAUCUAAAGCUUCUGAUGCCGCCAACAUAUUCCCUUGUCAUCCAGGAGUCAGAGAAAGGAUCAUGGCAUGUGCCCGUGGCUGGUGAAACUAUUGAUGAAUCUUUGAGAACUUGGCUUUGCAUCACGAGAUCAGGCUCCUGUGAUGCCUUGGCCAGUAGUUUGAAUGAUGAUAAUCAACUGUCAAACUCAAACAAAUUGGAAACACUGGCUAACAGAAAUAACUCUGUUGGACAUUCUGAUGACAAAUUGACAUCUAUAACUGGUAAAAGGAAAGAGAGGUCUUCAUCCAGCCCUGAAGUUUGAAUUGCGUUUGGUUCUACCAGAUGAUCCCUUCAGGCUCCUGAAUAUUACAAGGGCAGCAAGUCUCAUGAAAAUAACCAUACUUUAAAGGAAGAGCCUUGCGCAUUUCAAUCUAAUUAUUUUAUCGUAACCUUGGUCCAUGGUUAUAGCCGUUCAUCAAGCAGAGCAAGAUACAAUUUAGCGCUCUUGUUUUAUGAAUUUUUCUACGAGUUUAUAUUAGAGAAAUGGGAGAUUCAGCUUCCAUUUGCCCUUACAUCUAUAGCUUGAAACUGCAUGGUUUUGGUAAUAGGAAGUUUGCUGAACUGUCCAGCUUGCUUCCAAUUUUGCCUCCCAUUUGUUCAGUGGUUGGGCUGCUUUGUGCUUGUGAUGGUCAUCUUUCUGCCUCAUUUCAUAAAAUGUUGCAGUAGCCGGGAAAGAAUCA